AUGAUCAGUCGAGAGAUGUGUCGCGACAGGAUAGCCGAUGAAAUCCUCGCUCUCGAAUGCGUUCGCAGCUCUCUCGUCACCGAUAAAAACAACAGCGUCGCAAAGCACUUUUCCACCCUCAUCGACUAUGAUCCGAUCAAAAACGGCGGAUCGGGCUGGCUGGUCGUCAGUCCCGUCUGUGGUUUCGAUCUCGAGCGGCUUCGAGUCGUGGUCACCGCGAUAAUCCAGCCCUCGUCAGAAAACGAUCCUCCGCGCCGUUUUCCCCUCCCAACGAUACCGGAGGUCCUCAUACUACAUAUCGCAAAACAGCUAACGCAAGCAAUCGGGUGGCUCCACGACGUCGCCAAUAUCUCCCACAACGACGUCUUCGGCGGAAACGUCAUGCUCGAUGUAUCCGCUUCCAACAAAGAAGCCAACUUCAAAUUCCCAACCAUCGUCUUGAUCGAUUUCGACCGCGCCACCCUAGACCCCGACAACAUGGCAAAAGGCGCCGACCGCUCAUACACUUACGAGCUCAUAUACAUGCUCGAUAAUGCAGGUCGCACGUCCUCACAAGAAACGAACGCAUUGGAAGAAGUGAUUGUACCAAAGGAAUCGAUGACCUGGUGGGACGCGUUUAGAAACUUUCUUGUUGUUAACAAGGGCCAGUAUCUCCAGGAUGAGUCGGCGAGUUUCGCCAAAUUCUGGGAAAGGUUUGGCGUGGAUAUUGAUCGGAGGCUGGAAAAUAUAACGGAGGAGGAACGGGGAAGGGUGAAAGAGCUGGUCGAUGUGGUCGCGGAGAAGGAGGUAAGGUUUCCAGGUGAGGAGAGGAUUAGAGAGGUGUUGGGACAGUAA